AACCAUUUUUGAACACAGUUUUGAUUAUUUUUAACUAAUAUUUUAAUUCUAGUUUACACUAAUGUUUCUAAUAUGGAUUUAUAUAUAAUUUAUACGGUUUACGACUGAAAACAUUAUAACGUUUAUAAAAAUUGACAAUGAAAUCACUUCGAGCUUCUGGUUCUGACGAACACAUGAAAUCUGUAUCCAAUACGAGUCGAUCUCAACACCAAACCCAUCGCCAAACCUCGACAUCGACGACGGCGUCGACCAUCGCGUCCACCGCUAACCCGAAAGACGUGUCCAUUACUAUUGCCAAUCAAACGCUUGUUAUGAAUAGUACGCCAACCAAUGGCAACACAAAUGCCACUAAAAAACAUAGUCUGGGAUUUCGACACCGAUUCUCAUUGCGUCGACUGUUUAAUCAGUCAACUAUUGGACGCACUGUCAACCAAACCCGUCAUAAUAGGCCACCCAAAGAGAAACACUCAUCCGAUAGCAGCGGUUCCGCCACCGAUACUAAGGGCGUAACAAACAGUCGGAGUGUUUCCCAUCACAGGCCGACCUGUUCUACCAUUGAUGUCGAAUCCUAUUCAUUGUCGAGCGGUCGCAGCGAAUACUUUAACGCAACGGUUCCCUCAUUUGUAGAUAACUCGAGCUGUUCUUCCGGU